CGGCGGCGGCGCGGCGGAGGGGCUCCGACCCUCCCGCUGCUGCGAGCCCCAGAGCCCCGCGCCCGUCCCCGCCCCGCGCCCGCCAUGCGCGGCCCCUAGAGCGGCGGGCUCGGCGGCUGGUGCGGUGCCUGCGCGGCGGCGGCCAUGGCGGUGGAGACGCGGCCGGAGCUGGUGGGGAAGCGGUUCCUGUGCCUCGGCGGCGAGGAACCGCCGGAGAGCGGGCGCUGGCGGGCCGGGGUCAUCCGCGCCGUGUCCCAGCGGGACUCGCACAGCCCCGACCUGGCGGUAUAUGUGGAAUUUGAUGACCUGGAAUGGGAAAAGCGAGAAUGGGUUAAAGUUUAUGAAGAUUUUGCAGCCUUCUUGGUGGAGUACCAGCUGGUCUGGGCGAAAAGAAAGGACCCAAGCCAGACUCAGGGAUCAAAGAUCAAACAAAUUCAAUGGCCUGCAUUGACCUUCAAGCCCUUGGUUGGAAAAAGUGUAUACAAUUCAAUUACUGCAGUAGAAUUCCUUGUGGACAAACAGCUGGAUUUCAUAACUGAAGAUAGUGCCUUUCAGCCCUAUCAGGACGACGUAGACAGUCUAAACCCAGUUCUCAGGGAUAACCCGCAGUUACAUGAGGAGGUAAAAGCCUGGGUAAAGGAACAAAAGGUUCAGGAGAUUUUUAUGCAAGGUCCGUACUCCUUAAAUGGUUAUAGGGUGAGAGUGUACAGACAGGAUUCUGCCACCCAGUGGUUCACUGGCAUCAUCACUCACCAUGAUCUCUUCACCCGCACUAUGGUGGUUAUGAAUGACCAGGUGUUAGAACCUCAGAAUGUUGAUCCUUCUAUGGUUCAGAUGACCUUUCUAGAUGAUGUUGUUCACUCUUUGUUGAAAGGUGAAAAUAUUGGCAUCACUUCACGCCGACGGUCUCGUUCCAACCAGAACAGCAACACAGUUCACGGUCAUUAUACACGUGCACAAGCAAAUAGUCCCAGACCAGCAAUGAAUUCCCAAACUGCAGCACCAAGACAGAAUUCUCACCAGCAACAGAGGAAUACUCGGCCAAAUAAGAGGAAAGGCUCUGAUAGCAGCAUGCCUGAUGAGGAGAAGAUGAAAGAUGAAAGAUAUGAUUAUAUAGGUCGAGGAGAAAACCCCAAAACCAAAAAUAAACACUUUCUUAGUAAAAGAAGAAAACCUGAAGAGGAUGAAAAAAAAUUAAAUAUGAAGAGACUGCGGACAGACAAUAUCUCAGAUUAUUCUGAGAGCAGUGACUCAGAGAUUUCAAAUAAAAGAUUAACAGAUUCAUCCUCAGAGCAAAAUUCAGAAAACGAGUUAAAAAGCAAGAACUCUUCAAAGAUAAAUGGAGAAGAAGGAAAAUCCCAAACUACUGAGGAAGUAGAGCAGACACUAACAGAUAGACAGUCUCCAUGGGAUGAAGUACAGCAGGACAAAAACCAUGAAGAGACAGAAAGGCUGAAGUCGUCAGUCGUGGAUCAUCAGGAAAAAUCUUCGCCCCAUGCAGCGGAGCAGCCAACGCUUUAUGAGCAGAAUGCCAAGGAUCCUCCUGUUCAAGAGUGUAAUGCAGAAAAACAUCAUCCCGUGGAGAUAAAAAAUGAGCAGUUUUUACCCAGACCUCCCACUCCUAAGUGUGUUGUCGACGUUACUAAUAAAAACACCUCUGAAAAGGAGAACCAGGAUAAUGCUGCAAGUACCUUUGGUUUGCAAACGGUUCAGAAAAUAGAAUCUCACAGCAGUGAUUUAAAGCAGCAAUUUGCAAAUGCAAAUUUCCUUGAAGCAAGAAAACAGGAAGCCGAUCAAAGUUGGGUUAGCAGUAAAACGGAUUUGAUACAACCUGGGGUUGUAAAAACAUUACCAGUAAAUGAACACUUAAAUUCUGAAAAAGUGCAGUAUGGCUCAUUUAUGUCUUCGUUAAAUGUAGCUUCUGUAGCAGAAGAGAGUAAACUGCGUAAACAAAGUCCAGUCCCCGAUUCUGUGAAGUCAAAAUCUAGUGCUUCAGUUGAUCAUCCUAAAACAAAGUCACCUGAUGUUAAGCCUAAAUUCACCCAAUCUUCUGAUACUGUGAAGUCUAAGGUUAGUUCCCAAAACAGCCAUGCUACUGGAUUAACAAGGUCAGCCAGUAAAACUGAUCAUGAUUUGCCUAGGUCUAGUUUUCAUCCAGUUCCAGCUAGAGUUAGUGCUCUAGAAGCUACUAAGAGUCCUCUUAUCAUUGACAAGAACGAACAUUUCACAGUAUACAGGGACCCCACUCUGAUUGGACAAGAAACAGGAACUAAUCACAUUUCACCUUACUUGCAUCAGCAUAAUUAUCCUCUGCAUUCCUCAUCCCACCGAACCUGUUUAAAUCCCAACGCACAUCAUCCUGCAUUAACUGGUUCAUCCCAUCUGCUCGCUGGGUCUUCAGCUCAGGCCCCCAUGUCCGCUAUUAACCCCCACCCCCUUAGCAGCGCAUCUCACCAUUCUGUUCAUCACCCUCAUCUACUUCCCACAGUGCUGCCCGGAGUGCCUGCUGCCUCCCUGCUGGGUGCCCACCCGCGACUAGAGACUGCUCAUGCUAGCAGCUUAAGCCAUUUGGCAUUAGCACACCAGCAGCAGCAACAGAUGUUACAACACCAGUCUCCACAUCUUCUCGGACAAGCUCAUCCUUCUGCUUCCUAUAAUCAGCUAGGGCUUUAUCCAAUUAUUUGGCAGUAUCCAAAUGGAACACAUGCUUACUCAGGACUCGGUCUGCCCUCCUCCAAAUGGGUCCACCCAGAAACUCCUGUUAAUGCAGAGGCUUCCUUGAGAAGGAAUACUCCCAGCCCCUGGUUACACCAGCCCACGCCAGUGACCUCAGCUGACAGCCUUGGUUUACGGAGCCACAUUCCUGUGCGACCAUCCAGCGCAGAUCCCCUCCGGCCGCUCAAGCUGACAACGCAUUCCAGCCCGCCUCUGUCCAAAAGUAUGGCAGAGCAUCGCAAGGAAGAACUGGAGAAGAAAGCGUUUGUUGAACCUUCGCGUUCUGUUACCACUGCACCAGUGAAGAGCGAACUGGAGCAGAGCAGAACGCAGGCAGCAAAGGAGAGCCAUAUGCACAGACAUUAUGCAGAUCCAAUGUUGAACCAGCUGCCAAGGCCACCACAGGAGACUGGCGAGCGACUGAGCAAAUACAAAGAAGAACACAGACGGAUUCUCCAAGAAAGUAUUGAAGUUGCUCCUUUUACAGCUAAAAUAAAGGCACUGGAGGGAGAGAGAGAGAACUACUCCAGGGUAACAUCCUUAUCUUCAAGUCCCAAAAGCCAUUCAGUAAAAUAUGACAAAGAUGCUGAACGCUCUGUGUCAGAGCUGUAUAAAAUGAAACACUCAGUUCCACAGAGUUUGCCGCAGAGUAACUAUUUCACCACCUUGUCUAACAGUGUAGUAAAUGAACCACCAAGAUCAUACCCAUCAAAGGAAGCUUCAGGUGUAUAUGUCGAUAAGCAAGCUAAUUGUCCUUCAACAGCAGCUAGUCCCCAGGCUCUCCCCUCCUACAUUUCUUCCCUUUCAAAACCGCCACCUUUGAUUAAGCACCAACCAGAGAGCGAAGGCUCUACAAGCAAGAUACCCGAGCAGCUUUCACAGUCAGUGCAGUCUCAUUCUGUAAAUUCCUUCAGAAGUGACAGCAGGAGCCCUACUCAGCUGUCAGUCUCAUCUUCAAAUACACUCCGGAGUAUGCCUGCCUUGCAUAGGGCCCCUGUGUUUCACCCUCCUGUGCACCAGACCCUGGAGAAGAAGGAGAGCAGCUAUAGCAGCCUUUCACCUCCAACUCUAACCCCUGUUCAACCCGUUAAUGCCGGUGGUGGCAAAGUACAGGAGCUGCAGAAACCGCCAACUUUAGUACCUGAGCCCAAGGAAGCCCAGACUGUUUACAAGGGCACUUCUGAACAGAACUUAUCAGAAAUGUGGAAGUCUAGUAACGCCCCAAAUAAUGAAAAAGUGGAUUGGCACAGUGAAAGAAUGAGUGGAAAGUCACAGUCCGCUACGGCAUCUGUUAUUGUGCGUCCUCCUUCUAGCACAAAGUACGAGAACGUACCAGUAAUGCAGGCUGCUUCCAAAGAUCGAGCUAGCGAGAGAUCCUCAGCUGUGACAAAUCUAGCAGAUUGCCUGAAAACAGCGGAAGCCAGGGAGACUGGAAGAGUCAUACUGCCAAAUAUGAAUUCAGACAGUGCUCGCACACAGUAUGAAAAGAAAUUUGCAGCUGUCUCGCAAGGCAGCGUUCCUCGUGCUGCCACCCCUACCACGGCCAUCGUGUGCAGCACCAAGACGGAUGUCCCUGCGCCGGCGGCGGUGCCGGCCAGCGUGCCGAGCCGGGCCAGCGCGGAGCUGACCUGCGCGGUGCCGGGCGCGGCGCCGGAGAGCGCGGCCCCGAGGGCGGCACCGCCCCACGAGGGCAAGGUCAGCGCCGCAGCUCCGGUUACAUCCGCCGCUGGCAGCGCCGCUCAGCACAGCUCGGCCUUCUCCGCCUCCACUGACUUUGUCCAUUUGAAAAAGCACAAGGCGGCGUUGGCCGCAGCUCAGUUUAAAAGUAGUAACACCGCUGAGCCCGAGUCCAGCUCUGUGAAAAAUCAGACAUUUUCAACCUCUCUCUCCCCAGACAGCGCUAUCGUCUGUAAUACAAUAAACAAAGCGAACUCUGUAGGCAGUGGGCAAACUUCCCAGACGAGUCAGCCAAACUACCACACUAAACUGAAAAAGGCUUGGCUAACAAGGCAUUCAGAGGAAGAUAAAAACACUAAUAAAAAAGAGAAUUCAGGGAACAGCGUUUCAGAAAUUAUUAAGCCGUGUACUGUCAAUUUAAUAGCUUCUACAUCAAAUGAUUUGCAAAAUAACAUAGAUAGCAAAAUCUUGGCGGAUAAGUUUGUGAAGGAAGAUAAGCACCCAAGGAGAAAAGGAAAACGAACUUACGAGUCUGGCUCUGAAAGUGGUGACUCUGAUGAAAGCGAGAGCAAGUCAGAGCAAAGGACUAAACGGCAGCCCAAGCCAACUUACAAAAAGAAACAAAACGAUUUGCAGAAAAAAAAGGGUGAUACCGAGGAAGAAGUGAAACCAAAUGGUGUUCUUAGCAGGAGCGCCAAAGAAAAAAGCAAGCUGAAGUUACAGAGCGGCAGUAACAGCACUGGUAUACCUCGCUCAGUGUUAAAGGAUUGGCGCAAAGUAAAGAAGCUGAAGCAAACAGGAGAGUCCUUUUUGCAGGAUGAUUCUUGUUCUGAAAUAGGACCAAAUUUGCAAAAAUGCAGAGAAUGUAGGUUAAUAAGAAGUAAGAAAGGAGAAGAACCAACUCACUCGCCAGUAUUUUGUAGAUUUUACUACUUUCGGCGGUUGUCUUUCAGUAAGAACGGCGUGGUUAGGAUAGAUGGUUUCUCCUCUCCUGAUCAGUAUGAUGAUGAAGCACUGAGUUUAUGGACACAUGAAAACUAUGAAGAUGAUGAACUGGACCUAGAAACUUCUAAAUACAUCCUGGAUAUCAUAGGGGAUAAGUUUUGUCAGUUGGUAACCUCUGAGAAAACAGCCAUGUCCUGGGUGAAGAAAGAUGCCAAAAUUGCAUGGAAGAGAGCAGUGAGAGGAGUCCGUGAGAUGUGUGAUGCAUGUGAAGCCACAUUAUUUAACAUUCACUGGGUCUGCCAAAAAUGUGGAUUUGUGGUCUGCCUAGAUUGUUACAAAGCAAAGGAAAGAAAAAGUUCUAGAGAUAAGGAGUUGUAUGCCUGGAUGAAGUGUGUGAAGGGACAGCCUCAUGAUCACAAGCACCUGAUGCCAACACAGAUUAUUCCAGGCUCUGUUUUGACAGAUCUUUUAGAUGCUAUGCACAACAUUAGAGAAAAAUUUGAAAUUAAAUCCCAUUGUCAGUGCACCACCAAGCAGAGCACACAAGCUGGCAAGCUCCCUGCAAUGAAUGGUGUGUCUCAGGUUUUGCAGAAUGUCCUUAACCACAGUAAUAAAAUUUCUCUGUGUAUGCCUGAGUCUCAACAGCAGAACACUCCUCAAAAGUCUGAGACAAAUGGUAACGCAAGUCCAAGGAGUGAUGUGAGCACAGACAGCAAGUUAACCCCGCCUGAAUCCCAGUCCCCACUGCACUGGCUGGCUGAUCUUGCAGAGCAAAAAGCCAGAGAAGAAAAAAAAGAGAACAAAGAAUGUCCUUCUGGAAAACAUUCAAAGGAAGGGAAGGACCAGGAUAAUUUGGAGUCCCCAAACUGUAAAAAUUCCCCUCCUGCAUCCCAGAACAACGAGCAGGGCUCAACCUUACGAGAUCUGUUAACUACAACAGCAGGCAAACUGCGUCUGGGUUCUACAGAUGCUGGCAUUGCUUUCGCUCCAGUUUACUCCACAGGAACAGCAAGUGGCAAGAGUGGAAGGACUAUGCCAAACAUUCUUGAUGACAUAAUUGCUUCAGUAGUAGAAAACAAGAUUCCACCAAAUAGAGCACCAAAGAUAAAUGUAAAAUCUGAAAUAAAAGAGGAGCCAAAGGAUGAUAAGAAAUGUAUUCAGGAUGACUGCAGUAAACGGUACAGUGAUAUCCAGUAUUCGUGGAUCUGUGAUAAGCAUGUUCUGUGGCUCAGAGACCAUAAAAACAGCAACAACUGGAAGCUCUUCAAAGAGUGCUGGAAACAAGGAAGGCCUGUUUUGGUGUCUGGUAUGCAUAAGAAAAUGAAUUUCAGCCUGUGGAAAGCUGAGUCAAUCAGUCUGGAUUUUGGAAACCAGCAAGCUGAUAUCUUGAAUUGCAAGGACAGUAUCAUUUCAAACACCAAUGUCAAGGAAUUCUGGGAUGGUUUUGAAGAUGUUUCAAAGCGGCAGAAAGUAAAAAAUGGAGAAACAGCUCUACUAAAACUGAAAGACUGGCCUUCUGGGGAAGAUUUCAAGGCCAUGAUGCCAGCAAGAUAUGAGGACUUACUAAAAAGUUUACCCUUGCCUGAAUAUUGUAGUCCAGAAGGAAAACUGAACCUGGCUUCUCAUCUGCCAGGAUUUUUUGUCCGUCCGGAUUUGGGACCCAGACUGUGCAGUGCAUAUGGUGUGGCUGCUACUAAAGACCAUGACAUAGGAACCACAAAUCUGCAUAUUGAAGUUUCUGAUGUCGUGAACAUCCUUGUGUAUGUUGGCAUAGCCAGAGGAAAUGGAGUGCUUUCCAAAUCAGGAGUUUUGAAGAAGUUGGAAGAGGAAGACUUGGAUGACCUUUUAAGGAAGCGGUUGAAAGAUUCAAGUGAAUUACCUGGUGCUUUAUGGCACAUUUAUGCUGGCAAAGAUGCUGACAAGAUAAGAGAGUUUCUGCAAAAGAUAGCAAAGGAGCAAGGCCUGGAAGUUUUACCAGAGCAUGAUCCAAUCCGUGACCAGAGUUGGUAUGUGAACAAAAAACUUCGCCAAAGACUUUUUGAAGAGUAUGGAGUAAAAACCUGCACGGUUAUUCAGUUCCUCGGUGAUGCUAUUAUUCUACCCGCAGGAGCACUGCAUCAGGUGCAAAAUUUUCACAGCUGCGUUCAAGUAACAGAAGACUUUGUGUCUCCAGAACACCUUGUACAGUCAUUUCACUUAACGCAGGAGCUGAGGCUGUCAAAGGAGGAAAUCAAUUACGAUGAUAAACUGCAGGUUAAAAACAUCUUGUAUCAUGCAGUUAAAGAAAUGGUGAGAGCUUUGAAGAUUCAUGAAGGUGAAAUGGAAGAUAUGGAGGAGAACUGAGCACUCUCUGCUUUUCCAGGUAGCAUCACCCAGAGGCUGUUUCACCUGAUCUCUGAACGCUAUACACUAAUUUAAGCUUCACAAACCAUCAGUGCCAAGAAAACACGGUCAUGGUAUUUACUGGUUAAUGACACUGCGACGGUAGAGCUUUGUAUCACAGCCACUGUGAUUCCAUGUUCCACUUGCAAACAGCUGAGCAGCGUUCUGCUGUCUGUAUUAUAAUGUACAUGAAGUUUGUGAAAUGUCAAAGAUUUAAGAUGAUGUAUUUAUUUUUGGAAAAAACGACAAAAUUCUAUGCUAUAUUGUUGAUCAAAUGUAAAUGUGACUUGUACAGUUUGCUAAAAUAAUUCAGAUCUUUUUCACUACAUUGAGACAGUUACUGUGAGAGUAGGACACAAACACCAGCUAUUGCCUGCAUUUGGGAUCUUGCUGAGUCCGCACAGCAGUCAUGUCAUAAUCUGAAAAUUACUGCCAAAUAAUUGUAAACUUUGUAAAAUAUAAAGUAUAUAAAGUAGAUAUUAAAUACAGACACUUCAGUAUUUUAUUGAAGCUAUUCAGUGUACAAUUAAACGUUUUCAAAAGGUGUAAUUUAUUUAAAAAUUGUCUCAUUUUGGUAAAAUUUAUGUGAACUUUUAAAGCUUAAAUAUUAAACUUAAUAUGCUAUGUAAAUAUAUACAUAUAUACAUUCAAUGAUGUAUUUUUUUAAAACAUUGGCUUGCUUUAAUUUGUUAAAAGUGCAAGUGUUACACAUGCUUUGUACAUUGAAGUUGAAAGGGGUUUUACAUUUUCCAUUAAAAUGACUUUGUCAGA